CAACUAUAUUCACACCGGUAAUUUUCUCGAAGUGUUAGUAGCAGUUUUUGGUAAGGGAGUGAUUUGUUUCUGUGAAUACAAAAGAGAUAUUUGAAAAAUGGCAGCAAUUAGUUUAUUAAAUCCAAAAGCCGAAUUCGCCAGAGCAGCGCAAGCACUGGCUGUAAAUAUAUCUGCUGCAAAAGGUAUCCAAGAAGUCAUGAGGACUAACUUAGGGCCCAAAGGAACCAUGAAAAUGUUGGUAUCUGGAGCUGGAGAUAUAAAAAUAACUAAAGAUGGAAAUGUAUUACUUCAUGAAAUGCAGAUUCAACACCCAACAGCAUCUUUAAUUGCAAGAGCAUCAACUGCUCAAGAUGAUAUAACUGGAGAUGGUACAACUAGUACUGUAUUAGUUAUAGGAGAACUUCUUAAACAAGCAGAUCUUUACAUCUCGGAAGGCUUACAUCCAAGGGUGUUAACAGAAGGCUUUGAAUUAGCUCGUGCUAAAACAUUAGAGAUUUUAGAUUCAUUAAAAAUCCCAAUUACUGUUACCAGGGAAAAUCUUUUAGAAAUAGCAAGGACAUCACUUAGAACAAAAGUCCAUCCUACUAUAGCAGAUAAAUUGACAGGAAUUUGUGUAGAUGCAGUAUUAGCUAUCAGACAGGAAGGAAAAGAAAUUGAUUUACAUAUGGUAGAAUUAAUGGAAAUGCAGCAUAGGACUGCUAUUGAUACUACUUUAAUUCGUGGUAUUGUGACAGAUCAUGGUUGCAGACAUCCAGAUAUGCCUAAAAGAGUAGAAAAUGCAUAUAUUCUUACAUGUAAUGUCAGUUUAGAAUAUGAAAAAAGUGAAGUAAACAGUGGAUUCUUCUAUAAAACAGCUGAAGAAAGAGAAAAAUUAGUUGCAGCAGAAAGACACUUCAUAGAUAAUCGUGUUAAAAAAAUAAUUGAGUUGAAGAAGAAGUUGUGUGAUGGAACAAAUAAGUCAUUUGUUAUAAUAAAUCAAAAGGGUAUAGAUCCACCAUCUUUAGAUAUGCUUGCAAAAGAAAAUAUUAUGGCUUUACGUCGUGCUAAACGUAGGAAUAUGGAACGUUUAGCACUUGCAUGUGGUGGAAUAGCUAUGAAUUCUGUAGAUGACUUGCAGGAGGAACAACUUGGCUGGGCUGGCUUAGUUUAUGAACAUGUUCUGGGAGAAACUAAAUACACGUUUAUAGAAGAUUGUAAAAACCCAAAUUCUGUCACAAUUCUUCUGAAGGGACCAAAUAAAUACACACUAGAACAAUUGAAGGAUGCUGUAAGAGAUGGAUUAAGGGCUAUAAAAAAUGCUAUUGAUGAUCAAGCUAUUAUACCUGGAGCUGGUGCUUUUGAAGUAGCUGCUUGUCAAGCACUUCAACAAUAUAAAGAGAAAGUAAAAGGAAAGCAACGUUUAGGAGUACAGGCUUAUGCUGAAGCUUUACUCAUUAUUCCAAAAACUCUUGCUAUUAACAGUGGUUUUGAUUCUCAAGACACAAUUGUAAAAUUAUUGGAAGAAAGUUCUACUCUAGGAGAAGCAGUUGGUUUAGAUGUGACUACUGGAGAGGCUCUAAAACCAGUUGAUGCUGGAAUUUUUGAUAAUUAUGUCGUGAAAAAACAAAUAAUUAAUUCAUGCACCAUUAUUGCAAGUAAUCUUCUACUUGUUGAUGAAAUAAUGAGAGCUGGAUUAUCUUCUUUGAAAGGUUGAUAAUCUACCAGUGACUUCAUAAAUUGAUUUCCAGCAUUAAUAUAAUUAUUCCAUAUUUUAGGUUAAUUUGGUUCAUCAUAAUGCUUUUUAUACAAUUUACAGCGAUUAAUGUAUUGUAAACAUUUGGCUUGUCACGUAAACUAAUAUAUAUUCAAGUAGAAAAAUACAACUCGUUUUUUCUA